AUGAGCCUCUCGUACCCAGUACGAGUGGCAGGUGUGAUGGGCUAUCCAAAUGAUCAUUACUCAGAAUAUGUCGACGAGCUACCAGAGCAGGACCUCUAUGACGAAAAUCCCGAUGACCCCGGCGUAUCUACUCUGCAUGAGCCCGAGAGCCCGGAAAAUAAUCAAGAGCGAGAAGAGAGCGAGUUACGCCAGAAAGAUCUUUACGACCGAUGCAGCUACAUCCUCGGUCAGUUGGAAAAGGGACAACGGCGAUGGAGUGACGAGAAGGAUGAGAAUCAAAGCGCUACUCUCCUUGAGCCCUACAAAAAGGCGAUCCUCAUAGAGACGGAUGAACGUGAUCGCGAACAUCCAUCGCUGCUCCAUGCACUGGCUCGGAGAUGGAACCAGUACCAUACUGAAAACCCGAUCGUCCGAAAAGCCAUCAUCUAUAUUAUUGAGAAAGCACCUAAGAAUGGGGUGAAGGAAGCUCCUAUCUGGCUCCAGGCCGUUUCGCAUGGUCACCUCGAAUUCAUCAAAUUCAUCAAGCAGCAUUGCCCCGCCCAUUUGCCGGAAAUUCUGGCUAUGCAGGACGACAAAGGCCAGAAUUUCUUCCAUCAUCUAUUUUAUCUGGCCAUCCGCGACAACACAAAUCAGCAAAGGAAGGAAACCUUAGACCGAGCUAAGGAGUACUUUCCCCAUGCGACCGCGCAGAUUCUAGCCGCGCAAGAUAAAGAGGACAACAACACACCAAUCCACUAUGCGCUACAUCCGCAACAAUGCCUGGGCCGUGGACAGGAAUAUGUCAAGUUAGCCAAGGAAAUGGUCCAACGAGCUGACAAAUUGAUGGAACGAGGCGCUGAAUUCAAUAGGCUUGGUCAGUCACCUUAUCAGUAUUGCCUUGUUCAUUCGGCCCAAAGAAAGAUGAAGAUGAAUCCACCGAAACCCCCCAUCACGGCACCAAAUGAUCCCAUCCAGGAUGUGAAGAGGUUAAAUUCCAAUUUAGCGGAGGAAACCAAAUCACGCCCGACCACUGUGGCGGCCAACGUCAAGGCCCCUCUAGGAGGCGCCAAAAUCCCUAGUACUCCGCCUAUGCCCAUGGCCUCAAUCCCCGGGGCUACCAUAUCCAGGAAUUCUAUGUCGGUGGACUCAAAUACCGUGGAAUCCAUGCUUGUGACUUCUACUUCCAAUGCCUCCGUACCCAGGGCCCCUAUGGCGCCCCCUGUGCCCCCUGACCGUGGUCGCUCUCGUGCAGUGGUAGAAGGAGGUCGGCAAGGAAGCAGGCCUCAGAGCGUAGAUCAACAUCUCCUUCCCCAUACCCCAGGGACUGGUCUGCGACGAGCACCUACCAACCCUUCUUUGGUAGUAUCGGUGCCAGGGAAUGUUGGUCUGUUGAUGCGUCAAGGAGUCGCCGAGGCUAAGAGCCAGAAUCGAAAAGACCCCGAGCAGUCGAUGAACCACCUACUUCUUUAUCUACACCUGCACUAUAUUCGACAGCGCCCGGACUUGAUUGCGCGGGAGCUAAUAUAUGGCAAGCAUGCCUGUGAGCGCAAUCUCUAUUUUGACGCCAUCAGUCUUGAGGACAAAGAGCCAAGCCAAAUCGUCGAUCUAAUCUCACGACUGUCAAUCGGAGGAUUCGACAAAAUUCUGUCAUAUGUUCGCAUUCCCACCACCAAGAUGAGUGCGCCAGCACAGCAGGCUCCGAAAAAAGAACUUAAGAGCUAUGUCAAGCGGACGGCAGGCACAGUGCAGGGGCCGAUUUUUGGAGAAAACCCAAACCCGGGGCGACAGUCCUUAGUUUCUGUCUUCGACGAGCUUUAUGAGGCUGGCGUGCGGAGGAUCAUCCGCCUCUAUGUUGACGACAUGGUACCUCCACACCACUCAGAUGCAGCGAUUGAGCGCGCCAUUUCUGGGAGAGACUCUCUAGGGCUAGAAAAGCCCCGCAAGGAGACAGGAUGUCGGAUCAUGGUAGAGACAUGGUGA